AUGGACAAAAGGAAACACUUGUUUUGGACCCCUUGUGCGGCGCAUUGCUUAGAUCUAAUGCUUGAAGAUGUUGGAAAGAUUCCUAAAGUCAAACAAACCAUUGAAAAAGGAUUUUUUCUUGUUGGUUAUAUUUACAACCAUUGUGGUGUUUUGAACAUGAUGAGAGAGUUCACAAAGAACAAGGAGUUGACAAGAAGUGUAGUUACAAGAUUUGCAACAACAUAUCUUACUUUACAAAGUUUGCAUAAGCAAAAGUUGGCUUUGAGAACCAUGUUUACUAGUGAUAAAUGGAAGGAAAGUAAACGGGCAAAACAACCUACAGAAGGCGGGCUAAGGAUGUUGUUCAAACAUAUGCAAAGGGCUAAGAUAACAAUUGCAAAGGCUUUAGGCGAAAAUAGCGUUGAUUACCAAGUGGUGUCGGCUAUUAUUGACAAAAGAUGGGAUUGUCAACUCCCCCAUCCAUUGCAUGCGGCAGGUUACUACUUUAACCCAGAGUUCUAUUGCUAUAGGCCUGAAAUUGAGAAAGAUCAAGAGGUGACAGAUGGGAUGAUCAAGUGUGUUCAAAGACUUGUUCCUUCAAAGGACAAACAAGACUUAAUCAUGAAGGAGAUGGUGAAGUGGGUAAACCAAGAAGGCCGUUUUGCUUUAGAUAUUGCAAAGCGAGCACAUUGCACAAUAGCUCCUGAUAAGUUAACUUACUUUGAAUUUUUUAUCUUGUUUUUUAGAUCCAUUCCAAGAAAAGGAAACCGAUUAGAACACAAGAAGUUGCAAGAUCUUGUGUUUGUCAAGUACAACAAGACACUCAAGAACCUUCGUGAUAAAGAGGUUGUGUAUGAUCUAAUAUCUUUAGAUAACAUUGAUGAUUGUAAUGAGUGGAUGACUAGAAGGAUGGAAGAAGAACGGGUUUUUGAGGAUGAAGACUUGACAUGGGAAGUUGUAGGAGAAGCGAGUGGGGCUGGAGAGACAAGGGCAACAAGAUCAUCACAGCCAUCAUCUUCAAGAGCUUUAGUGGAUGAAGAUUCUGAAAAAGACGAUCUUGAUGAAUCCAAAGCUGAAUAUCCAAUUGAUGUUGAUGGAAGUUCUGAUGAUCAGUUUGAUGAUGGUCUUGAUGAUUGA